GCGUGGCGUGGACGCCUUAGCGGCUGCGCCGUAGCCACCCCGUCCUUUCGGUCCUAGCGGCGGCAGUGCUGAGCCAGCGGUGCCCUUCCUUCUGUCCUCCGCGCCCGCUCUCCGGCUGUUCGCCCGCGCCGCCACCAUGACGGAACAGGCCAUCUCCUUCGCCAAGGACUUCCUGGCCGGGGGCAUCGCGGCCGCCAUCUCCAAGACGGCCGUGGCCCCGAUCGAGCGGGUCAAGCUGCUGCUGCAGGUGCAGCAUGCAAGCAAGCAGAUUGCGGCCGACAAGCAGUACAAGGGUAUUGUGGACUGCGUCGUGCGCAUCCCCAGGGAGCAAGGUGUGCUGUCCUUCUGGAGGGGCAACCUGGCCAACGUAAUUCGCUAUUUCCCCACCCAAGCCCUCAACUUCGCCUUCAAGGAUAAGUACAAGCAGAUCUUCCUGGGGGGUGUGGACAAACACACUCAGUUCUGGAGGUAUUUCGCCGGCAACCUGGCCUCUGGAGGGGCCGCGGGGGCCACCUCCCUCUGCUUCGUGUACCCGCUGGAUUUUGCCAGAACCCGUUUGGCUGCUGACGUGGGGAAGUCAGGCGCAGAACGGGAGUUCAAGGGCCUGGGAGACUGUCUGGUGAAGAUCACCAAGUCGGAUGGGGUCCGCGGCCUGUACCAGGGCUUCAACGUCUCAGUGCAGGGCAUCAUUAUCUACCGGGCUGCCUACUUCGGCGUGUAUGACACCGCCAAAGGCAUGCUCCCCGACCCCAAGAACACCCACAUUGUGGUCAGCUGGAUGAUAGCCCAGACUGUGACGGCCGUGGCUGGUGUGGUCUCCUACCCCUUUGACACUGUGAGGCGAAGGAUGAUGAUGCAGUCGGGGCGCAAAGGAGCUGACAUCAUGUACAAGGGCACUGUGGACUGCUGGAGGAAGAUCUUCAGGGACGAGGGGGGCAAAGCCUUCUUCAAGGGCGCCUGGUCCAACGUCCUCAGGGGCAUGGGGGGGGCCUUCGUGCUGGUCCUGUACGACGAGCUCAAGAAAGUCAUCUAAGAACAGCUGCACUCGGGCAGCCUGGGGACCAGGAGAGCCACGUAGAAUCCCUAACUAUCACGGACCAUCAACCUUCGAGAAUUCCAGUUGUCCUGGCCAGAUCAUGUAGAGGCCAGGGAUGCUCUAGAAAGGGGCUCCAGAUCAUGUUGACCAUUGAUUACGGGGGGAGGGGGAUCUUGACAUGUGGGCCACUCAGACCUAGAGUCCAGAUGCUUGUAGGACCCAUGUUGUGUUUAAGUAUUUAUUUAAAAAGAAUCACGUUUCCCAUUUGUACUUAAAAAAAA